AUGCAUAUUGCAAUCCUCACUUUCGACGGCUACAACGAGCUCGACUCACUGAUCGCCCUCGGCAUCCUCAAUCGGCUCUACCGAGAUGACCUUCGGGUUUCUAUCGCCUGUCCUACGCCCAAGGUCCGCUCGAUGAACGGCGUCGUUAUCGAGGCCAUGGCUACGCUUCAGGACGCCUGCGCUGCCGAUGCUGUCAUCAUCGGCAGUGGCGCUAAAACUCGUGAAGUCGUUGAGGAUCCUGAGAUUAUGGGUGUGCUGCGGGGCCUUGAUCCGAAACGCCAGCUCAUUGCCGCCCAGUGCUCCGGUACACUGGUGGCAGCUAAGCUCGGGCUGCUUAACGGCGUUCCAGCUUGCACCGACGACAUUAGCAAGCCGUGGGUUGUUGCUGCUGGCGUUAACGUCGUUAAUAGACCUUUUUGCGCCAGUGGUAAUGUUGCUACCGCCGGUGGCUGCCUCGCCUCCCACUACUUGGCCACCUGGCUUAUUCGCCGGCUGUUUAACACCGAGGCCGCCGAGGCUGCCUUGCGCUACGUCGUCCCGGUAGGAGAGCAGGAGGAGUAUAUUGAAAGAGCUAUAUAUAACACCCAGUAG